UACCAGGUGGAGACGGCCUGGAUUCUUUCUCUACCAGACGGCAGGCUCCCGGGGAUCCCUGGGAAAUCGCUUUCGCCCUGCAGCAGCCUUGUAAGGAGUGCCUGCUAUGGUAGUGACCAGCCCACUAUCCCAUGCCUGUCCGUGAGAUGACCUGAGAGCUUCACCCCAAAUUCCAGCUCCAAGGAAACCUCGUCCACACCAGCCGGAGAUCCUUCCCAGCUCCCAUUCCCCGGGCUGUGAGAGCACAGGAGCAGACUGUACCAGCACGGGAUUCCUUGUGGCUGUCGGCCCCCGAGCAGUGUUUCCGGAAGGGGAGAUUGGACAAAUUAUGGGCUCCGUAGCGGAGAGGAUGGCCAGGCCCACCGACCUUGAUUCGCUCCACCAGCUGAAUGAGUCUCUGACGCUGUGCCAGAGAACUGCGGCUUGCAACAUCUCCGAGUUACAGUACCACAAUUACGACAGCCUGGACGUCAUCGGGGUGCCGGGGGAUGGAUCCCCAGCGCUGCUUACCGCAAUUUCCCUGGUCUACUGUCUGGUGAGCGCCGUGGGGCUGAUGGGCAACCUGCUGGUGCUGUACCUGCUGCGCUCCAGCAAGAGCACGGAGAAGUCCACCAUCAACGUCUUCGUCUUCAACCUGGCCUUCGCCGACCUGCAGUUCUCGCUCAUUCUCCCGUUCUGGGCGGCGGAGGUGGCCCUGGACUUCAGCUGGCCCUUCGGGCACUUCAUGUGCAAGCUGGUGUCGCUGGUGAACAUGGUCAACGUCUACGCCAGCGUCUUCUUCCUGACCGCCAUGAGCGUGACCCGCUACUGCACGGUGGCCACCGCCCUGCAGCCACUCCGCCCUCGGGUGCAGACGGCGUGCGCCGCCAAGCUGGUGACCGGCCUGAUCUGGGGGGCCUCCUGGCUGGCCGCGUUGCCCGUCUUCGUCUUCUCCUCCCUGGCCACGGUCGGAGGAGAGCCGGCCUGCCUCCUCCGAUUCCCAGGAGGCGCGUCCUGGUUGGCCGCCUACCACCUCCUGCGGAUCGCCCUGGGCUUCCUCCUCCCUUACGGCAUCAUCCUCGUCUCCUACCUCUUGCUGCUCAGGUUCCUGGCCAACCACAGCAGCUCUCUGAACCCCCAGAGGCAGACGCGGGUCACCAAGUCGGUGGCGGUGGUGGUCCUCGCCUUCUUCUUCAGCUGGCUGCCCAACCAGGUCAUGACCUUCUGGGGCGUCCUGGUCAAGCUGGACGUGCUGCAGUUUGACGGCGCCUUCUACUUCGCCCACACCUUUUGCUUCCCCGUCUCCCUCUGCCUGGCUCACGCCAACAGCUGCCUCAACCCCGUCAUCUACUGCCUGAUGCGGCAGGAGUUCAGGAAGGCGCUGAAGAACCUGCUGUGGAGGUUGUCCACCGCCUCCGUGUUCAAGUCCUGCCUGUCCACCGUGGGCCUGGAACACUCGGACGGGCAAGUGACCAUUCCACUCAACAACGUGGACAGCCAGAGCGUGCCAGCCUUGCUCUCCUACACCAAGAGGUCCAACGUCCCCUCACUGACCGCCACCAGCAACCAGAGACACUCCAGUCCCCUGAUUAACGGAACCCCUUGAGAACAACCCCAGCACUGGAACUUCGGGACAACCCAGUAACUUUGUGUAUAAUGGAAAAAACUGAAGAAGUGGAGAACUUAAAAAAAGGAGGGAAACAAGACUCCCAUUGCUUAGCAGUUUAAUCCAGGUCGGGUUUUACUCACUACAGUCCCUCAUGCAGCAAGUGAAAACCCUGUAGCUUCCAAGUACUUACAGUUGGCAUCAUAUUUGUAUCGCAGCCAGAAUGCUUCUGCAUGCAAAAUAACACAUGUGUCUUAUUCAGCACCUGGAAUUGUCUCAUAUACAAGAUUGUGAUGCUUGUGACAACUGUAACUGUUUAAUCUGCAAUGCGAUGAGAAUCCCCUCGUUAUCCGUGUUCAGAUUAUAGCAGCCUAAGCCUCUAUGCAGUGCUUAGAUCAUGUAACCUAUGUAGUGACACAUAGUAAUGGAUAGAUCAGCUUGCCGGCCAAUCGGUUUGAAACCAGAUGAAAUCAAAAUGUCUGUCUUCCCUGUGGAGAAGAUGCACAGAGCCGCCAUCUGAGAACGUGCACAGAAUUUGCGAAAGGUGUGGGGGGUGUAUUGAAGUCCUGGUUUAAGUCAGGGGCAGGUGUGUGUGGGGGGGAGAGGGCAGGAGAAAGACGCUUAGUCCUGUGUAAUUGUACUCAGCGAGAC